AUACAUUUCUCCCAGACAGAUAGCAUCCACGUGUUUUCAUUCCAGACUCCAGAGUACCAUCGGACCAGCAGGAAAUCACUAUCCACUGCCAACAUUCGCUAUGGCCUGCUCCGAACUAGCAUUGCUCAGUGUGUCUGAUAAAACCGGACUUUUGGACUUCGCCAAACGUCUGGUUUCGGUCGGCCUCUCCCUGGUGGCAUCGGGUGGCACAGCCAAAGCUUUGCGUGAUGCAGGACUUCACGUCAGAGAUGUGUCAGAGCUGACAGGUUUUCCAGAGAUGCUGGGGGGGAGGGUGAAGACUCUUCACCCAGCAGUUCACGGGGGCAUCCUGGCCAGACACACACCCUCAGAUAAAGCUGACAUGGACAAACUGGGCUUCAGCCUUGUGAGGGUGGUGGUGUGUAAUCUAUACCCUUUUGUGAAGACCGUGUCAGCACCUGAUGUAACGGUGGAAGCUGCGGUAGAGCAGAUUGACAUUGGUGGAGUGACUCUCCUCAGGGCCGCAGCCAAAAACCAUGCCAGAGUGACCAUCGUCUGCGACCCGGCUGACUAUAACCUGGUGGCUACGGAGAUGGAGGGCUCUGAGGCUAAAGACACAACACUGGAGACCCGCAAAACGCUGGCUUUGAAGGCCUUCACGCACACGGCGCAGUAUGACGAUGCCAUCUCGGACUACUUCCGGCGGGAGUACAGUCGCGGCGUGUCCCAGCUGCCCCUGCGCUACGGCAUGAACCCCCACCAGGCCCCCGCCCAGCUCUACACCCUGCGCCCCUCUCUGCCCAUCACAGUGGUGAACGGCUCUCCAGGCUUCAUCAACCUGUGUGAUGCCCUGAACGCCUGGCAGCUGGUGAAGGAGCUGAAGGAUGCCCUGGGGAUGCCGGCAGCCACCUCCUUCAAGCACGUCAGCCCUGCAGGUGCUGCGGUGGGAGUGGCGCUAUCUGAGGAGGAGGCGAAGGUGUGCAUGGUCAACGACAUGCUGAAGGACCUGACGCCAUUGGCCACCGCAUACGCCCGCGCCAGAGGCUCUGACAGGAUGUCAUCUUUUGGCGAUUUCAUCGCCCUCUCGGACACCUGCGACGUCCCCACUGCCAAGAUCAUCUCUAGGGAGGUAUCUGAUGGCAUCAUCGCUCCCGGCUUCGAGGAAGAGGCUCUCCGCAUUCUGUCCAAGAAGAAGAACGGCAACUACUGCGUGCUCCAGAUGGACCCGUCCUAUGAGCCAGACGAGGCUGAGGUCCGGGUCCUCUUCGGCCUGCACCUGAAGCAGAAGAGGAACGGGGCCAGCAUUAACAAGGAGCUCUUCAGCAAUGUGGUCUCCAAGGGCAAGUUGUCUGAGAGGGCUGUGCGAGACCUCAUUGUGGCCAGCAUUGCUGUGAAGUACACCCAGUCCAACUCUGUCUGCUAUGCCAAGGAUGGACAGGUGAUUGGCAUCGGCGCUGGGCAGCAGUCUCGUAUCCACUGCACGCGGCUGGCCGGGGACAAGGCUGACAACUGGUGGCUGCGGCACCACCCGCGCGUGCUCAACAUGAAGUUCCGCAGCGGCGUGAAGCGGGCCGAGAUGGCCAACGCCGUCGACCAGUACGUCAGCGGCACCAUUGGAGAGGGCCCCGACUUGGAUGCGUGGAAGGCCAUGUUUGAGGAGGUUCCAGAGCAGCUGUCUGAGACGGAGCGCAAGAACUGGACCAGCUCCCUGCAGGCCGUCGCCCUGAGCUCCGACGCCUUCUUCCCCUUCAGGGACAACGUGGACCGAGCAAAGCGGAGUGGUGUGGAGUACAUCGCUGCUCCGUCUGGCUCCACCGCUGAUGAGGUGGUCAUCAACGCCUGCAACGAGCUGGGCAUCACCCUGGUGCACACUAACCUCCGCCUCUUCCACCACUAGACGCGUCACGCCGCACAGAAACGCUGACCGUAGUACAACACUGGCUGACUAGUAGUCCUGUAGUCUCUUCUGCUGGGGUGCAUUUCUUGAAACCGUAGUUGCUAACUUGCAGUGCAAUUUCCCAUUGACAACUACCCAAGUUGCUAACUGCUAACAACUACGCUUUCGAGAAACACACCCCUGGUCCCUUUUAUACGUUACUGAACCCCACCCAUCAGACUGAGAAGAAAACCCCAUGAUGCAAACAGAUGCAUCUCGUAGCUGCUCUCCUUUGACACUACAUCAUUGCUUACAGCUCUCUGCGGAGAAGGAAAACGCACAAUCCCAUGCAUUCCACUUAAGACAUGUUAUUAAAAAAAAAAUGUCCUGUCGCUGCCUGCCAAUACUAAUUUCAUUGUGAAAGCUUUUUCCAAAAAGAAUAAAUUGUUGAUUUCUGAGUAGA